CGUUGAGAGAAAAGAAAAAGGAGAGAGAGAGAGAGGGAGGGCGUGAGCGAGCGAGCUGGAGGAAACACGAGUUAUAAUCCCGCUGGCUGAGCCUCAAAGCCUGAACGGACUUGUUGGGUUUGCGGCGAGAAUAGUGCAGUAUUUUACUCCUGAGAUUAAUUAACGAAUAUCGCCGUUCUCACAGAAUAGAAAGACGAUCACACGGCGCGCGUGAGAGAUAAACAGUCAUCCAUGCAGUCAGUAGAAAGCACGUCCUCUCGGGUGUCGCCCGAUUGUCUAAACUUUGCCGACGACGACUCUGAGGUCUUCCUGUCAGAGGAUGAGAGGUCCGAAGUCACCGGAGGUCACAGUAGAUCAGCCUUGUCCUCCUCUUCCUCGGGACUGGGCUGGAGCAGCACAGAGAGCGAGCGAGAGAAGGAGAACAAGACGGUCGGAGGCACGCAGGGAGACCUGCAGUUUGCCCAGAAAUGUAUGGAGCUUCAGGGUUUCGUCCGGCCGCUUCUGGAACUUUUGAACGGGCUGAAGAAAGGACGAUUUGAUAAAGGCCUAAGCAGUUUCCAGCAGAGUGUGGCCAUGGACCGAAUCCAGAGGAUCGUAGGAGUGCUGCAGAAGCCACACAUCGGGGAGAAGUAUUUGCCCACUCUGCUGCAGGUGGAGAUGAUGCUAAAGCUCUGGUUCCCUCAAGUGAGCCUUCAAGCUACAGGUACAAGUGCGUCAGGACAGCUUUCAGGACAGGGCCCACCCAGCGGCAGCACGCCUCCACACAAGCAGAAAGACCAACUGCACAUUCCGGUUAAGAAGCGAAGGCUGAGUUGGUCAGACGCAGACUCUUCCCCUACUCCAACUCCUGUUCCAUGUAAGUGCUUCCACAUAAAAGGUCAGGAGAAAGAACAACAAAGCCAGGGUUUGUGCGUUAGCUCUGCGCCGGCGUCCCACAGCGUCGGCCAAUCCGAUAGCAGCGGCGAGGAAAAAUCGAGACCCGUCGGCCUCCGUUGCGCCGAGCCAGGCCUGACCUGGGUCCACGUCGCCCCGAUCCUUUCUCCACACAAGUCUUGUCCCUCCGUCCACGUGCGAGGAGGUGAUGGCAAAGACAUCGGAAAUAGCCACUUUCUACUCGCAGCUCCUCCUCCCGCCAGCAGGAGCAGUCCAGCCAUGCAGGACAGCUCCAUCUCCUCGACUACACCCUGCUCCGAGCCAGCGACCUACCAAAUCCAGCCAGAGAUGGUGACUCCGACAGCGCGGCGGAGUCAGUCUCCUCCAAUCACAGAGCAGCUUUCAAGCCUGUUACAAACUUAAUGUGUCCGAAACACAACACAGACAGACUUGUUUGGAAACCUUUUUUAUUUUAUUUUAUUUUAUUCUUUUUUUUUUUUUUUUCUUUUUAAAUGAAUAUUUUUAUGAAUAUUUAGGCAGCUUAGCCUUUGCAAUGUUGUGCUUUUGAAAAAGAUCAAACAGCAGUGGAGGCACAUAAAUAUCAGCAGCAGUGUGACUUGCUGAUGCAGCAGAUGAAUGAGCGCGCGUGUGUGUGUGUGCGCGUGUCCAUUUUUAGGAACUUGGCUGUAGGCAUGUGUCGAUAUUAAGUUACCUCAUAGCGAUUGGCCGACGUUUCAUCAUGGUGGACGGAAUCCUCAAAAUAUUCGAUAACCAUCGUUUUGUUAUUUAGAAAAAUAACAGUGCAGUAGCAGUGUUUUUUUUAUUAUUAUUAUUAUUUUUAUUUUAUUUUUUUUAUUUUUUUAUUUGGCCUUCAGUAAGAAGAUACACAGGACCAUGCUUGUCCUGUCUGUAAAACGUCCUUGUUUCAGAAGGGAAAUCGUUGGCGGGUAUGACUACGACUGCACAAAGUUUCCAAUGAAUACAAAGAGUAGCACUAUUCACAUGUUUUCUUUUCACUCUAAUGGCACACUGCUGUAGCAUAGUUUAGUAACAAGAAUGGAGCAGUUUCCCGAGCACGCAACGUUAUCGAACGCUAACGCUAGCGUCGUUAGUGCUUGAAGACGUCAAAACUCAUGUCGCCUUCAAACGCACCAGUUUUGCCUACUGGGUUCUCGAAAAGUUUUUCAGGAUGUCCCUGUACGUUCUGGCAGGAGGGUGAAGAGUCCAUGAGAGGGGUCGUGGCUUUGUGGAUGCACUGGUGGUUGUAUGAGGUGCCGUAGGGUCUUAAUGAAAUUGCUGGAAAAGUUCUUGCUGGUUCUGAUAGAAAGGUUGUUGCAUUCGGGGCUGUAUUGCUGCUGAUUGGUCAGACCGGUCCACCACCAAAAGGCCCUCGAGCAUCAGAACUGGAGCACUGGAAGAAGGGGGCGUGGUCCGAUGAAUCGUGGACGUCGCUUACCUGGGGAUGAGAUGGCACCAGAAUGCUCUAUGGGAAGAAGGCAAGCCGGUGGAGGCGGUUUGAUGCUCUGGGCAACAUUCUGCUGGGGAAUGUUGGGUCUUGUCGAUGUUACUUUGGCACGUACCAUCUACCUAAACAUUGUUGAAGACUAAGUACACCUCUUCAUGGCAACGAAUGGCAGAGCAAUUUGCAACAAUUACAAGGUUUAAUGUUCAUUCGGGGUUGGCGGGUCCGAAUUAGCAUUCGGACAAGUCGGUAGAAAGCUAGGACCAUGUUGAGCAGCAAGACCGCGUCAUCAUAAACGCACACAAAGUAGAACACGCCCUCGCUAAAUUUUUAUCUUGUUUUCCUCUUGCCAUGAAAGGGGAAAAAUAGUUUUGAAUUUCCGUCCUUUCCUGUUCUGUUAAAAAUUCAGAUUAAAAAAUAGGUCGGUGGAAAUCCUACCGUUUCCGUCUGUAUGUAAAAGAGACCCGGUUAUCAUCUACAGUAGACGUACUCCGACCUCGUAGUGAUGGACCGGAGGUGUUUCUCCCUUUUUUGUUUUGUUUAUUUUCGCCAUUUAUUGUACCAGUGAUAUUAAUGUAGCGAAAAAGACAUCACCUAUACUGGACCCAUGAGUCGGUCGAAUAGGUUUGUGCAAAUAAAUAAAUAAAUAAAUAGUUCAAUAUGCAAACCGUGAGGAAGGAUUGUACAGUUUCAGGUAAUGGCUAAAGGACAAGUCAUCAAAACGCAUGUGUAAGCUGGAUUAUUAUUAUGGUGGUGAUGAAACUUUGCAUUAGGUGAAAAGGGAGAAAAGAAAAGGGUCAGGCCAAGAGAUGGGAUAUGAAGCAAAUGUGCAAAAAGGAUUAAGAGAUGAGAAAAGAUGAACAGAAUACAGUAAAAGCUGCAGUUAGAGAGGAAGGAAUUGAAGUGUCCUAAUAAGUGAAGGAAGGAAGAGUCGUGGUGGUACAGAAAGGGAUACGGCAAAGGUUAAAGUCAUAUGCUGCAUUCAGUUAGAGGUUGUAAUUCCCAAUCUCCAACCGGGAAAAUACAAAGAAAACGAGAAUUCCUACUCGUGGAAUCGGGAUAGUCCUCUCAACUACAGGUUCCUCUGAGUUCAGGAAGUGACGACAUAAUCAAUGGCUGUGCACAGCAUCAGCAAUAAACAAAGUAGCACUUCUGGCCUCUAAAUGAAUUGUGGUGUGUACGUGUGUCUCACUGUUUCGAGGUGGAAAAGAUGCAUCACUCAUCACAGAUGUCAAACAUCACAUCACAAAUGUCCGCCAUGCAUGGUUUUUCCCACUUUGUAGCCCGAACGCACGGAGGUUGAAGAUCAUUCCGAGCUUAGACUUCCCACUUCAGAGCUAGCUCGAAUACAACAAUACGUCCCAUUUUGAAGCAAAAGGCGUGCGCACAUGAUGUUUGUUUAAAAAAAAAAAAGUGCAAUAAGUAGAGGUAUAAUACAGUUCAGGAAACCCAAGAUCACUGGGGUGAAAGGUCAAGUCAGGGGAACCCGGAUCUGGAUUACUCAAAGCAGUGCUUCAGGUUCUCCUUCAGCCAGCAGAACAAUAGCAAGUCUUCAGUAGUGUGGGAUCUUGAUUGUUGGUUUAGUGGAGAAGGCAAAACAACAACAACAACAACAACAACAACCCCAGACCAUUUUAAAAAUACCAUUUGGGAAACGCUGGUAUAAAUGGGAGAGAAAAAAAAUUGAGGACUGAUCGUACUAGUCGAUGUUCAAGCAAAGAUGGAAGGGAAAAUAGAUCUGUAUAAAUGAGGCGACAGGGUAGAAGAAGAAAAGGAAAUCCAAAAGCUUUGCGUUUUAUAAUAUGAUGCAAAUAGUAUUCUAAAAAAAAAAAAAACUACAAAAGAAACCUAGAAGAAGCAUAAAACAUGCAAAAAGCCAGUGUGUCCGAAAUCCGUUCACGGGCGCUCCAGCCCACCUGUACCAGGUAUUCGAUGGUCUUGAAUUUUUUUGGUUCAAGUGUGUUGGAACCUCCAAUCAUUUUUGUUUUCCCAAAGAAUCCUAUUCAGAUGAAAGCCUCAGAAAUGAAGCUGCAAUAGGCAAAAAGAAAGUAAGGGUUGUACAGAGCUCAGGCUUUCCAUCAGCUCUUCAAGGCCAACCCAUAUUCUUUAUUUAUUCAUACGUUCAUUAAUGCUUUUUAUUAUUAUUAUUAUUAUUAUUAUUAUUAUUAUUAUAUAUAAAAUGUUCGUUUGGUUAUUUAUUUAUGUUGGCCCUGGCGUGAGGGGCGCUUCUUGUACAGAUUUUUAUUUUAUUUUUAUUUUUUUUGCAGAGGCUGACAUUUUAGUGACAUUAGUGUCUAUCUUAAUGGAAAGAAAGCAAGGGAAACCUGUGCCUUUUCAUCAAAAGAGGAUACGCGUGCGCAGUUUUUGAUUGUGGUCUUUAGUGCGCCCGGGACAUGCUUACUGCUGCACACAUCUGCUUCAGAUGUCCGAGUCCACUAGAGCUGUUUCUUGAUCUCCUAACUUAUUUCUCAAAUAAGACUCUUAUUAUUCUUCACUGACGUAAUACAGACAGAAAUGGCAACACGAUGUUUAGACGAGACCGAGGGUCUCGAUUUUUCUUUCUUUCUUCCCCCAAAUUUUGAAUCCCUUUCACCGAGCCUGUCCUCGCGUCCAGUUAGGUCUGUGUCGAUUAUCAUUAUUCCUUGUCUGCAUAACUGAUAAGCAGCACAGGGCUAGUUGGAAGACGUUUUUUAAAUUUUUUUUCAUUUAAGCGACGAUAUACUCAGAUAUUUCUGAGGCGUAUAAGCUUACGGAUACGCCUUUUUAGUUUUCUGGGUUUCGCCGUGUUGAAUUCUUAAACGUUCUCGAAUGACUGAUUGGAGCGCUUGAAUCGUCUGUGGGAUAAAAGCGGUUCUUGAUGGUGGACUCCGACUUCACAGCAUUGUAUUGGUUUGAAUGACGCAGAACUCGAUGUACUGCUACAGUCUUUGGGGGGGGGGCGAUUUGUAACGCUCCUUAAUGCAAUCUGUCUCGUCUGCUCUUGAACCCCCACCACCACCACCCCCCAAACACGUCAUGGUUUUGUAACUAAUGAUUGCACUUAUCUUUGUGUUUCUCUUCUCCACAGUCCUACUAACUUUUUGUCCCGUCUAUCUGUUAUCUCUGUUUUUAUUUUUAUUGUUCUUUCUACUUUUUUCAGUCUUUUAAUAAACGAACCGUUUUGGAGAAAACGUU